AUGCUGAACUAUCGAGUUACAAAUCAUAUAACUAACAUAAAAUGGGUAAAUAUUUUCUCGCCAUGGGAAAAACAACGAGCAUAUUCAGCACUUCUUCUUUGGUUCGUCUUGAUCUACCCGAUUUGCUGUUUGAUGCAAAUAUUCCCAUUUGUUUUGGUGAGUCAUUUUGGAAAACUGUAAAUUCUUGAAUCUGACUUGAAUUUUUUCAGUUUUUCACCGGUCAAUGGUUGAUUCUUGCUGCUUACGGAGUUUGGUACUUGUAUGAUAGAAAAAGUCCAAGACGCGGUGGAUAUAGAUCGAAUUGGUUCAGAAAUUUGAGAGUUCACAAAUGGUUUGCCGAAUAUUUUCCAAUUCGAUUACACAAAACAGCCGAGUUACCAGCAGACAAGGUAACUUUUUGAAUUUUUGGUCAUUACUGCUAACAUAAAAUUAGAUUAAAUUAGAACUCCUAACAAAUUAUAUACAACAGGGGAAAUUGAUAAUUGUUGCAUAACCAGCUUGUUUCGGUGAACUUGAGUGUUCCGUUGAAUUUGUUCGGGGAAAAAAGUCAGAGAAAAUCAAAAAGCAAAUUAUGAGAGCAGAUUAAAAUAUAAUCUUUUUUUUGCGAUCGCUAAUUGAUUUUAAUAGGUUUUUGAGUUUUUGUCAUUGGAACAAAAAAUGAAUAAAUUUUGGUCUCGAUUAGAAAUAUUUGGAAAUUUUUCAUCCCAAAAAUUUAAUUUCUAGAACUAUCUUCUUGGAUAUCACCCACACGGAAUCAUUGGAAUCGGUGCCUGGUCUUGUUUUGGAUUUAAUGGAUGUAAUGCUUUCGAGAUGUUUGAAGGUAUUCGAUUCAAUGUUUGUACUCUUCCUGGAAACUUCACCGCAAUGAUCAGAAGAGAAAUUUUGAUGUCAAUUGGUAUGAUUGAAAGUUCGAAAGAAAGUAUCGAAUACGUCUUAAACUCAAAAAAAUCUGGUCGAGCUGUUGUGAUUGUUGUUGGUGGAGCUGCUGAAGCAUUAGAUGCUCAUCCAGGAAAACACACAUUAACAUUGGCAAAUCGAAAAGGAUUUGUUAGAGAAGCUUUGAAGACUGGUGCACAAUUAGUUCCAGUUUAUGCAUUUGGAGAAAAUGAUGUUUAUAAGCAGAUUAACAACCCGGAAGGAUCAUUUCUUCGAAAAUUGCAAGAAUGGGGAAAAGCAAAGACUGGUAUUUCACUUCCUUUGAUUUAUGGAAGAGGAUAUUUCCAAAUGGCUAUGGGGUUGCUUCCAAUCAAUACACCUGUAAAUGUUGUUGUGGGGGCACCUUUGAAAGUUGAGAAAACGGAGAAUCCAACAAAUGAUGUUAUUGACAAACUUCAUCAAGAAUAUAUGAAUGCAUUGAGUGACUUAUUCGAUGCACAUAAAUCUAAAUAUGGUGUCGACAAAAAUGUUAAACUUAUUUUUCAAUAG